AUGACAUGGUGUGCAGGAACAGAGAAAGAAACAGGACAAAACGUCGUCGUACUCUGGUUAUUGUCAACACAGUUAACCAACACUCCCAACACUCCCAACACUGGCAGUUUACUUUUGGCGCCAAGCGAACCGUCGAAGCCGGAAGAAAAUAAAAAAGCAUGCAAUUGGGUAGCUCUGUUUGUUUCUGCUCUCAACAAGAUCAUAGACCACUGGGACCUGGGAAAUCAGCUGAGCCUUACCAUUGAUCCCUGCACUCCAAAUGUAACAUGGGCAUCCAGUACUGCAAAUCCAAGUGUCAUUUGUGACUGUGCGGGCAGCACCUGCCACAUCACCCACCUGAAGAUAUAUGCUUUGGACAUUCUUGGUGAAAUUCCCAGAGAGCUAUUUGAGCUGAAGGAGCUGAUAGACUUGAAUCUUGGUCAGAAUGUACUAAGUGGGCCCAUCCCUGCUGAAAUUGGACAGUUAUCUAAACUUCAAUACCUCAGCUUGGGCAUAAACAAUCUGACAGGUCCCGUGCCCCCAGAGAUUGGGAACUUAUCCAAGUUGCUUUCCCUAAGUUUUGGCUCAAACCAGUUUUCUGGACCAUUGCCAAUGGAGCUUGGAAAAUUAACCACCUUACAGGAGCUAUACUUAGACAGCAGUGGAGUGACCGGACCAAUUCCUCAGGAGCUUGCCAACUUAAAAUCCCUUAACACUCUCUGGGCAUCUGAUAAUCUCUUCACUGGACAACUCCCAGAAUUCUUAGGGACUUUUGCAGAACUCAAAGACUUGCGACUUGAAGGGACAUUGCUUGAAGGCCCAAUUCCGAGCAACUUUGGUGCUCUGGUGAAACUAGACAUCUUGCGAGUUGGUGAUCUUGGUGAGGAAGAUUCUUCUCUUGGAUUUUUGGAGAAUCUCACAAGUUUGUCCACAUUGUCUUUGAGAAAUUGUCAAGUUUCCGGCAAAAUUCCAGAACAAAUUGGCAAGUUUGCUAAGUUGCAAUACCUGGAUUUGAGCUUCAACAAGUUGACUGGUCAAAUACCAAACUCAUUCCAAGAAUUUACUGUGUUACAGUUUCUAUACCUUGGAGACAAUAACUUGAGUGGAGAACUACCUACUAAUAUCAUAACUCCAAAGCUUAUUGCACUAGAUGUCUCCUUCAAUCCUAUGUCUGGGAAUUUGCCUCUAAAUUUUGUCAGAACAGGAUUUUCAAUGAAUGUGCUUGGUACAUCUAUCAAUGGAAAUGGUUUACCAGACAGGGGGGGUUUUGGAUUGUUGAAUUGCCUCCAGGGAGAUGCCAAGUGCAGUAAUCAAAUCCCAGCAUUGUCUUCAUUUUCUAUUAAAUGUGGAGGCACAAGCCAGACAUCUGCAUCCGGCAUUGAAUAUGACGACGAUUCUGAAACACUUGGAGCUGCUUCAUUCUACAAAAGCUCCAGAUGGGCAGUGAGCAGCACAGGAAACUUUGUUUUCAACUCAAAUGGACCUCGGUACAUAGCAAGCACAGAUUCUCAAAUCACAGAAACUCUAGAGUCUGAACUGUACAAGACAGCAAGACUUUCGCCAAGCUCACUGAGGUACUUUGGCCUUGAUUUGAUGAAUGGGAAAUACAUUGUUGAGCUUCACUUUGCAGAGAUAACAAUGGAAGAUGACACAAGUUCUUGGAAAGGUCUUGGAAGGCGCAUUUUCGACGUCUACAUUCAGGGUGAGAGAGUCCUCCAAGACUUCAACAUCCAGAAGGAAGCAGGGGGGUCAAAGAGAGCACUGAUAAAAACAUUCGAAACAAACGUUUCCAACACAAUCAUGAACAUCCACUUCAUGUGGGCUGGCAAAGGCACUUGCUGCAUUCCAUUGCAAGGCACAUAUGGCCCCUUAGUGUCAGCAAUCAAUGUUCGUCAAGUCCCAGGUGCUGGUAAUUCUGCAAACCGUGGGAGGAAGCGAGUGGGGAGAAUUGUGGGGAUCUCACUUGGAUGUGCAGCUGCUGUUGUGAUAGUGUCAUCAGUGUUCUACUUAUGGUGGAUAAAGGAUGAUGCACCUGGGCAUAUGAGGGUGCAUACAGACAUACCCAAGAAAUGA